AUGGUUCACAAACGAAUGGACUGCGAAGUCCUGAGCGAUGUUUCCAUUCUCGGAGAACCAUUAGUUUUUCGCAACGGUUUGAAAGCCAAAAAUCGUUUUCUCAAGGUUUUCUUUUGUUUUAUAAUUUUAAAACAGCGAAUAUUUUUAUAGGCCGCCCUGACAGAACGAAUUUCAACCUAUAACCCAGAAAACCCAGAAAAACAUGGAUUACCCACUGAUUCUAUUUUGAAUCUUUAUGACAAAUGGGGUCAUGGAGGUUUUGGAAUGGUACUCACUGGAAACGUCCCUAUUGAUCAAGUUAGACUAAAUGUCGGACUUUUCUUCAUUUCUUGAAUUUCAAGCGUAACAUCGAAUCUGCUGGAAAUGCCAUAAUAUUCGAAGAAGGAGACAGCGAAGAACGCCGUGAGUUGUUCGGAAAAUGGGCGUCAAAUAUCAAGCAGAAAGGUUCUCUAGCAGUAGUCCAGCUAACCCAUGUGAGUUAUAGAAAGUUCAUAUUUUUAUAGAGUUUUCAUUGCUUUGCCUUUUUUGACUCAAAAGCGAGUUCCAGGCUGGUCGACAAUGUCCCUCGACAAUCAACCCCACGCCCUUUUCGGCUUCAAAUGUUCAGCUCAAAGGAGAAAGAAGGUUUACAAGCUUCGGAGUUCCAGUUCCUUUAACUGUGGAACAAAUAAAAACUGAAGUCAUCGAUAAAUUCGUAUACGGUGCCAUAUACGCGAAAGAAACAGGUAUUCAAACUCAUCAUACAUUUUUUCCAAUUGUCUCAGGGUUUGAUGGUGUUGAACUUCACGCGGCUCAUGGGUACUUGUUGGCUCAGUUCACUUCUCCCACCACCAACAAGAGAACCGAUAGUUACGGCGGUUGCCUUGAAAACCGCCUGCGCAUCGUUCUGGAAAUUUAUGACGCGAUACGGUACUUUCGAAGUUGAAACCCAAAUUAAAUAGUUUUUCCAGUGCCAAAAUCCCCGCUUCGACAGGUUUUCUGGUGGGAAUAAAAAUGAAUUCGGUUGAGUUUCAAGAAGGUGGGACAACUGUAGAAGACGCUAAGAGAAUGUGUGAGAUUCUGGAGGUUAGGAAUUGAAAAAAAAUUCCUAGGUAUCUCUGAAGCGUUUAGGCGCGAGGUCUAGACUUUGUUGAACUAUCUGGUGGAAACUUUGAGAAACUGGGCUUCGCUCAUUUGCGGGACUCUACUCGGGCUCGCGAAGCAUUCUUCUUAGAAUUUGCUGCACAGGUUAGAUUUCGAAGCAGAAAGCACUCAAAAAAGGUUCCAGAUUCGGCCAGUUUUCAAAAACACUGUAGUUUACUUGACUGGAGGUUUUCGAACUGCUAAGGGAAUGGUUUCUGCGGUAAAAGACGGAAUCACAGAUGGAGUCGGAUUAGGGAGGCCGAUAACAGCAGAACCAGGUGAAAAACUGAAUGCUUGAAAUUUUAGAAUAAUUUGAACCAUAUUUCGACUGAUUUCUCUUUCAGAUCUGCCAAAAAAGAUCUUGGAAGGUUCGAUUUCUUCUGUUCCGGACUCCCUACUUAAUCAGAACGAUUUCGCCAUCACUAACAUGGCUAGUAAUUCACAAAUGGAACAACUUGGUCGCCAUCCCGUUUCAGACUCGAAUGAAGAGUACGUUAUAACCUUAAAAAUUUUUUUGAUUCCCAAUUUCAGUUUGCUCGAAGGAGUCAGCGAUUUUAGUCAACCUGAAACUACGGAAAAGUAUUUAGCGGCUACCCAGGGCUAUCAGGAGUACAUGAAAGGACUCGCAGCUGCUGGAAAGCCUAUCAGCGGCGUAUUAGUUUUUGAAUGAAAUUACUAUGCAUUUUUCUGACAGUUUCAUCAAAAGUUUUGUCUCACUGUUCAAAAAAUAAAUGUGUCUUUAUUUCAUCUUGUUCGUGAUUCUCAAAGAAUAACUGUUCGAGCAGGACAUGGACAAUAAGCUGCAUCUUUCCCAUAGAAUCCACGUCUUCCAGGAAUUCCAGAAGUUCCAGGUCGACCUUGUCUUCCCGGCAGACCCCGAUUGCCAGGCGGCCCCAUUGCACCUGGAAUACCGUCCUCUCCAGAAAGUCCUCGAUCACCUCUUCUUCCUAAAAGGUCUUUUGGUCAGGCUGAAAAUAAUGUCCAAGGAAACCAGGAAGUCCAGGCGGUCCAGAUGGUCCUUGCAUGUAUCUUCGAUUGAUCAUUAUGAUUCCAUCUUUCCCUGGCUCUCCACGUGCUCCCAUCGAACCCGUUCUUCCUAAGGUUUUGAAAACUAGAAAAUUCUAUUUUUGUGUUCUACUAUACCUGGGAAACCUGGGUCUCCUGCAGGUCCUGGUGGACCAGUUAAGCCGUACAGUCUAACUGUUCCAGGAAAUCCUGAAAUUAUGGAAUCCCUAAAUCAUAAAUUCAACUAUCACCGUCUCUUCCAGGAGGACCAGGAAUACCCGGUCUUCCCAUCUGUCCUGGACGUCCUGGAGGACCAUGAGGACAAGGAAAACAUCCGAUCAGCUGUCUGCAUUUUUGUGUAG